AUGUCGAACGAUAGAUACCAGAGUCUUAGACCAGACGACCGCGAUGAGAUAGACGACCUGGAUGCGCAUAUUGACGAUCAUAUCGAUCUAGACGAGAAGGACUACCUCCACACGCCGCGACGUUCGAGGCGAGCUAAAAUCCUUGAGGCAUUGAAUCGCUACCGCUGGGUAAUCGAUGGGGUACUGAUUGGGCUCAUUGUGAUGCUGCUCUUAGAUCGACAUUGGGACUGGCGGAGCAACGGCGAAGAUGAGGGCCUCGAAGGUGCCGGAGACGUGACAGGCUUUGCGCCUCAGUUUUCCCAGAAAAUUGUUACUUUCAGUCCAGAUCCUAUGUUCGUGCCUGAAAACACGUCGGAGUUUUGGUCGGACGAAGUUCGUCAGAAGUGGCUGGGACUUGUCCCUAAGGGCCUGGGAUAUCUCAACAUCGAGCACCCCGAAAAAUACCGCGACCUUCCUGCCACACUAGUCGGCUAUAAGGGCAAAUACGUUGUCACAACAUCAAUGACCCAUCAGUUGCAUUGCCUGUAUUCGAUAGCAGAAGUGUUUAGUGCAUAUACCUCGGGAAACCAAUCUCGAAUCCCCUUCGAGACACCAUGGCAUCUCGCACACUGUUUUGACUAUAUCAGGCAAGGCAUCAUGUGUGCAGGUGACGUUGCCCUCGAAGGACGGCAAACAACUUUCCCAGAAGGAUUUGAUGGUAGUGAUGGUUGGGACGCCAAGCAUGUGUGCAAGUCGUAUGACGAGGUCCUUGACUAUCUCAAUAGAAACAGAGCUGAUGACGAGGUUUGGAUAUGA